AUAAAGAUACACCAACUGAAGAAAAGUUUUGCUUUUGGAACAGCUAUAGCUUGUGAUGAAUAUGUACACGGUGAUAAACGAUACCAAGAUUUCAUCAACAAACAUUUCAACUGGGCAGUCACUGAAAAUGCGUUAAAAUGGGACUUGAUGGAGCGAAAUCGGGGUGUAAUUGUCAAGGACGUAGCUAUACAAUCUUUAAAGAAAUUAAAAGCUAAUGGCAUCAAAAUACGAGCCCACAAUAUAGUCUGGUCAAUGCCGAAAUAUGUCCAAGGUUGGCUGAAGGCUUUAAGCCCCAAUCAACUGAAAGCUGAAGUUUCUAAAAGAAUAAAAUGGGUUGUGAACGAUACCAAAAAUUACGUGGAACACUGGGAUGUGAAUAAUGAGAAUAUCCACGGUCAGUAUUACCAGAGAGCUGUGAAUGAUCGAGACUACAAUCUAGAAAUAUUUAGAGAAGCUCAUCGAGCAGGUCCUAAUAUCAAAUUAUUUUUAAAUGAUUACUCUGUUGUUUCCUCCGGAAGCUUUACUGAGUCCUACCUAGAACAAGCUUUGAAGUUUAAGAAUGGUAACAGUGGAAUCUAUGGAAUUGGUGUUCAGUGUCACAUGGCACAUGACGUGCCCCCUAAUCCUACCCUUAUUAAGAAACAUUUAGAUAUCCUUGCGAAAGCUGGCUUACCGAUCUGGGUCACAGAACUCGAUGUGUACACCCAAGAUGAGAAUUUACGGGCUGACUGGUAUGAAAUAGCGUUACGGGCUCUGUACGGUCACCCAGCUGUAGAGGGGAUUAUGCUCUGGGGGUUCUGGAGUAAGAGACACUAUGCUGGGGUUCCGGCAACUAUCGUCACUGGAGAUGAAUUCAGGAUCAAUGCGGCAGGAAAGAGAGUUUUACAUCUUCUUGAAAAUGACUGGAUGACCAAGACUACACAAAAUGUAGGUCAAGCCGGAACUAGGUUUACAGUGGAUGGUUUCCAUGGUGAUUACGAACUGAAAGUUUUUUACGAUGGUAAAGAGAGGACCGAUUUAAAACAAUCAUUUAAUGUCGAUAGUAACGGAAAAUAUGUAACUGUUCGUGUAUAA